AUGAUGAAUAAAAUAUGCUUAAGGUCAUUCAAAAAAUUAGACAUAUUUGGAAGCGAAAUAGGUCUAAAUUAUAAAAAACAGAACAUAUUUAGAUCUGCUUUUGGAGGUUUUGUUGCCAUAGUUUGUAUAUUAGUUUUAGUUUUGCUAUUUUUCAAUAAUGUCCUUACACUAAUUUAAAAAACCCAAGUAUCUGUGAUAGACUCUGUAAACUAUGACCCAAAUCCUGAUAUUUUUGAAGUAGGGUACAAUCAAAUGAUGAUUGCAGUUAAAUUUGAUCAAGAUAAUUAUAUAUAAAGACCAAAGAUGAACAUAACUUUUGAAAAGAGACAUUACAUUAGACACGAAAACGGAACAUUAGAAUAAUAGAAAAUUCCAGCAACUUUAGAACCCUGCACCAUAGAGCAUUUUGAAAAUCUUCCUAAUUAUAAUAUUGAUUGGAAAUUGGGUUUUUAAUUAUCUGGUUUGGAUGAUUACCUUUGUCUUUAGAAAGGCGAGAGCUUUAAAAUUGGUGGGAGAUACGAAAGCAAAGAUUUUUAUCAUAUAAAAUUUAUUUUGAGUAAAUGUGAAAACCAGACUGAUCCCGUAGAGCCUUGGAAACCCAUAUGUGAUACACCUGAAAAUAUAUAUAAAACGACUGAGGAUGCUAGAAUCAGAUUUAUUUUUUCAAAUACACUUUUAAAUCCAGAAAGCUCUGAUACACCAAUAUAGACAUUUUAAGAUUCUUUGAUAUUUAAUGUGUAACCUCAAUAAAUGUACACUACAGCAAAUAUCAUGCUUAAUCAACAAACAGUUAGAACAGACGAGAGUGUCACCCUUUUUAAAGAUUUCUAGGAGGUGAAAUUUGUUUCAUUUAAGCAAGGAGACUAUAAGCAAUAGUUUGCAGUUGGAAAUUUUACAAAAUAUGCAGAAAUUUUCUUUUUGAGGAGCAAUUUUUCAACGAUUGCUUUAAGGACUUUUCUUAAAAUAGAUCAAGUUAUCAGCUACAUGGGUGGAUUUUGUUAAAUAUUCCUUUUGUUCUCAGCUAUAAUUGUUGGAUAAGUGAAUGAGCAUAUCUAUGAUAUUGAACUAGCAAAUUAACUAUAUGAUUUCGACAUUUAAAAUAAAUCAGAAGCUAAUUAUAAACCUGUGAUUAAAAAAAACAACUCUUUUCAAUCCAGGCAAAGUGUUAAAUCAAACUUUUCUUAAAAUAUUAAUGCAAAAAUUCUGACAGAAGGAGAUUUUACUACGCGUUUAAAUCAGUUCUAGAAUACAAAAAUAAAUUAAAUGCAAGAUUCCCCUAAAAAUUUUGAUAAAAGAAAUAGCUUUUUAUAAUAAAAUGGAAUUCUAAGCUAAAACAACAAAGGAAGCUUAAAUGUAAAUAGUACUUUGUUCAAAAAAGAAAGCUUAAAUAGAUAGUCUCCAUGCUUUAUCAACUAAAAUGAAUAAAAAGAAGAAAAUUAGAUAAAUUUGCCUAAAGAAGAGGUUAACUAGGAGAAUUAAUUAAGCUAAAGAUAAGAUUCGACUAGGCCAAUCUACACAUAAAGGAAUAGCAACAAUUCAAAAUUUCUUAAUAAAGAUAGUCCAUUAAUAAACCUAGAUUAAAAUUGUUAUUUAUAAUCUAUUGAGCCAGAAUAGAAUAAAAAGUAAAGAAAUUCUUUAGAAUCAGAUUUGUAGAAGUAAGAGGAAGACAAAGUGAUAGAUAUUUCAAAGAUAAAUAAUUAGUUUUAAUUUUAGUAAAAAGAUCAAGCUACGAAUGAAAAAACAUUCAGUAAAAAUAAUUUAAAUAAAAUUGUUACUCCAAAUAGAAUUAGUUUAUUUGAGAUAUAGUCAGAGGGAAAUGUAAACAAAAGAAUUAAUGAGUAAGAGUAGAAUUUAACCUAGACAUUUGUCUUAAACCACUACACUAAAGAGAGGUAAGAAAAAUCUUUCACCUCUGAGAAUAAAUAGUUUUUAGAGCAAGAGCUUAAAUACAUCGUUUAGAGAGAUAGAAGCUUGUAGCUCAAUUUAAAAUAUUUUGUUAACAAAAUAUCUUGUGGAAAAUUUUACAAUACUUAUGAAGUGCUUUUAUUAAAUAAAGCAAUAGAUUCAGUUAAAUAAGAUUUGGACAUAUUCAAUAUAUUAGAGCGUUAGAAAGAAAUUGACAAAUUAAAGAAUCUGCUCUUUUCUCAUGAUUAAUAAGUUCUGUUUAACUUUUUCCCUAAGCCUCUAAUAAAAUUGAACAAAGAAGGAGAAAUUUUGAGCAGAAAUUCUUUAAGAAAUAUUAAUAAUUCUUAACCUAUGAAUUUAUCAAGAUUAAAUAAAAGAAAAACAAAAAAGCUUAAUUUGAAUAUAAAGAAUAUUGCUAUAUUAACCAAAGCUAUUAUGAAAUUCAAGGAGAAUUUAAGCAACAAGAAUAUAUCAGAUUAUUAAUAAUUAUUUAAUUGCUAUGAAAAAAUUGUUAUGUAACAAGAUACUUCAGAGGUGGAGAAAAUACUCAACAAAAAAUUAAUAGAUUAGUUAGGAAGUGAAAUGAAGAAUAUUUUCGAGAUCGCUUAUAUGAUGAAGUAAAAGCAACUCAAAAAAGAACAAAAUACAUCUUUCAAUAGAAUAAAUUAAAUAGCUCCAUCUUAAAAUAAUAUUUUAAAUCCAUCCUUAUUCUAAAAUUUUAAAUAAAGACAAUAAAAUAUUUGUAAUACUGAGUCAAACUCACCAUCUAGUAGCUAAACAAAUUAAAAUUAAGAAAAAUGUUAAGAAAGUGUACCAAAAAUCAAUGAAAUUUCAUUUGAAAAAGCGAAAUAGACUGAAUAAUAAUUAGGUUAAAACUAAUUUAAUGAUAAUUAACAUUAAGAUAUUACAAAUUAAUUGAUAUAAUUUGAGCAAGACGAUGAUAACAAUAUUGAUGAUAACUAACAAACCAAUCAAAUUCACUAAAUAAGUUAAACGAAAAUUGAUGGAUGA